CUCAAAGUCUCCUGGAUAGAAGUAGAUUACGAUGUACCUCCCCCUCGUGCUUCUUUCCAUAUGAAGGCUUACCAUAAUUUAAACCGAGUGAGCAUUUUAACAAGCCUUGCAUGCAUUGCCUUUUCUGUUGUCUACGUUUUAUACUGUGGUCGAGAUUCCCAUAAUCCUGAUUCUUGUCCACCCAAUGAAAGAGAGGAAAUGAUAUCAAACAUUUUGGCGAUGUUAAUCUCCUUCAUCAUGAUAAUUUGUAGCAUCAUGGGGAUUAUUCUUUUUCAAAUAAAUAGCAAAGUAUUAGGACUUAAAAAUCUAUUGGAAAGGGUCUCUGAAGAGAAUCGUAAUGCCAGUCAAGAGCAAACGGAAUACACAACUCGCAGCAAUAGACUUGAAGGUCUAGAACUUCAGACACAAAUAAUUACAGACAUCGAAAACAGGAUUACAGAGUUUGAAAAUAUUUCUCAUUCACAGAGACUUGGACCCCAGCGUUAUAACAGUAAUUUUCUCGAUCCAAAUGCACCACCGCCGUAUGAGCGUAAUUCUUCCGAUCCAACUGAAUUUGAAUAUAGGAAUACAGAAUUUCAAAAUAAUUCACAUCCUCAGAGAUUUGGACUUCCACCGUAUGAUAACAAUGAUUCCGAUCUAACUGAAAUUAGUCAUGGGACUACAGAAAUGGAAAUUAAUUCACAUCCUCAAAGACUUGAACCACCGCCGUAUGAUUCUAGUUUACCCGAUCCUAUGUCUACACCACCCCCUUAUGAAUGCAAUCCAUCCGAUACGACGGAAAUUGACUAUAGGAAUACAGGAUUUCAGAAUAAUUCAAAUCUUCAAAGAUUGGGAUUACCGUCGUAUGACGAUGUUUCUGAUUCAACUGAAAUUGGUUCUAGGACUACUGAAUUUGAAAAUUAUUCACAUCAUCAGAAUUUUGCUACACCUGUGGAUUAUAAUUCUAUUGAUCUAACUGAGCCACCACCAACAUAUGAAGAAUAUAUGCGCAAUUUGUAGAAAAAAAAACAUGAUUAGAAUAAUACAUGACAUGAAGAAGUGAUCGACGAAACUUUAUAUAUAUAUUGGUGGUGUCUUUUAAAUGUGCAACAAGGUUUCAAUAUUUUUUUAUCAAGAGCGCUAACCGGGGGUAGAUAAAUAAUGUUUCCACAUCUCUCACUUUUUAUACAAUAGGUAGACAAUAUUUUAAAGAAAAUCUAUGCUUCUUAAAAACCCUUACAAUUAAAAAA